CUUGUUGACACCUACUUCAUCACAGGCGCCUGCUGAACAAGUAUGCUGAGCGUGGAGAUGAAUGCGUCGUGUUCAUCGUUAUGUUCUGAUGUUGUUCUUCUUCUUACUCUUAGCUUGCGCGAUAUCUGGCUGUUCGUUGUCCUCGUGUGUCGUACACUACGUCCGAAGAACUGCGGUGUUGAUAAAAUGGCAGAUGGUAGGACACUGCCACUGUACUAAAAGACAAAGAGGAUACCAAGGAGAACGAUGAUGCUGCUUCUUCAGAGGUGGACAAGCGGAACAAGGACGUCGAACGGAAAAAACAUAGGCGGCAUCGCAACGGAUUUGGCGGCGCUGGGGACCUAUCAAAUGCAAAUAUCCCUGGAUGUCUGGAAGAGUGUAGACUUGUCAUGCAGCCUUUCCAUGUUGACCCCUGAGGUCUGGAAUUAUGCGGGACCUAGCAUGACAGAGUCUACUGUGAGGUCUCUGUCAUGCCUAUUUUACAUGGGAAACUCCCUGUCACCUUGGCCAAAAGUAGAAGAGCCUUCGGCACUCAUGCAACACAGAUUCUUGCGUGAUGCGGAUUUAGCAUGACAACUUGCAUCCUUCCAGCCCCAGACCUAUUUGCAAUGCAUAGGACCAGAUGGGCGGGCUGUUCAACGCCUUCGCCAGCGCCCUGGUCCUGUAUUACCGUGAAAAAUGCCCCCACUCCCAAGGUUGCAAAAAUUUGUGAUGUGAAGUUUCCAAAUGAAAACUUUUUGUCAUGCAUGCGCAUGCAUGAAAGGAGUACGAAUCUUUCUGAUGCAGAGUCAGACGUGUGUCGCAUCGCUUGCAACUGCACAGCUUGCAUGACAAGGGCCGCUCUUGCUGGGAUCUUUUGCAGUACAGAUUUUUGCUAUUUAAGAUUGGAAUUCUGUGAUGCUGAUAGAUGCAAGAGGGCGAAUGUUUCACUUGGAAAGGUCUGCAAUACAAAUGCUCCCAAGUUGGUUCGGGGGUGGGGGCAUUUUUCAUUGUAAUAUCCUGAAAGCGCUGUUCUUCGUGGUUCCGGCCCCAGGCGGAGGGGACGAA